CAGCUAUGUGCUGACCAUGACAAACUCAAUGGAGAGGUUGACAAUUUAAGAAAGACAACUCCAAUAGUUUUGUGGGUGAAAGAUCUUGAGGCUCUUGAGAUGCAACUUGAUGUGCUGGAUAAAUAUGAUGCUGAAGCAGAGGAGGCAAGAAAGAAAUUAAAAGGUGAUGCAAAUGGCGAAGCUGGUUUUAAGGUUUCUAAACAAGCACCUAAAAAUCCAAGGAAGUACACUAAGAAAGCCAUAAAUGAAGAAGUAUCUGUUGAGACCAUGGGAAAACCAUCCAGUUCUGCAAUGGAAACAGGUCAGCAGGCAGAGAAUGCUGCUGAGGUAGUGAAACCCAAAGGAAGGGCAGGAUCAAGGAAGGCUCCUGCUAAAAAGCAGGAAAAACCCUCUCCAAGUUCGGAUGAGGAUGAUGAAAUAGAAUCGCUGAAGGACCGACUUAAGGCAUAUAGACUUGAUUCUUCGCCUGAGCAAUCAGCUGACAUGGAGACUGAUGUGCUUCGAGUACCAGCUGGGAGAAACGCUGCUAGGAAGAAGCCUCUAGCAGCUGUCUCAGUCAUUUCUGAUAGUGAGGACGAACCAGAUCUUGACGAUGACUUCGAUGUACAAGUGAAAGCUGUCCCAGAAACAAAAAAGAAGGGGGGGAGAAAAGCUGCUGCUGCAAAUGAUAAGGCGGCCAAACCACCUGCAGCGACGAAGAGGAGAGGGCCAGUCAGCAAGCAGUCCCAGGGAUUGGGCCAGCAGCUUCUAACUGAAAUGUUGAAGCCUGCUGAAGAAUCAGGAAUAUCUCCAGAAAAGAAAGUGAGGAAAAUGAGGGCAUCUCCAUUCAACAAGAAGAGUGGUUCUUUAUUGGGCGGAAUUGAAACAAUGCCAGCUUCUUCUACAUCUGAAAACGCCGAUGUCAUCGACGUGCCAGCAAAAGCAAGACCGCAGAGGGCAAACCGGAAGCAGACUAGGUAUGUGUUGAGUGACUCUGAGAGUGAAGAUUCUGAUUUUGAACAGGCUAGCGAAGAUUCGGACUCCGACUAGGUGGUUUGCUUGGUUUAGGGAACUUUAGACUAGGACGGGGAAACUCGAGCUCAUUUCCCCAUGAAAAUUGAUUAACUGGCUUGUCAGCAACAAAUUUUCUUGAGAGUACUCAUUUGAUGCUUCUUCGUAUA